UAUUAUAUCAACUUUGUCUCCAGUUCAAGCCGCUGAUCAUGUCUUUGAAACGUUGGGCGAACUUGAAUUCCAAUGCCCUCAUGGGUGGAUCAUUCACAAAGCCAACUGUUAUAAGAAAGUGGAUGUUGAUAUGACGUUCAACGAGGCGUCAACGGCGUGUAACCUGGAGGGAGCUCAUCUGUUCUUCCCGGCAAAUGAGCUUGAAUAUGACGAGGUUAUAGCCCGCAACGCACCAGGAAUAAACACAUGGAUGGGUUUUAUGACUAACGGAACCCACAUUGGUCGUACCGAGGCCGGUUUAGAUACUCCAAGCGACCGGAUUCCACGUUGGGCUAACAACGAGCCCACCACAAACAUGCACGACAUUGACUGUAUUCUGGUCGACAAUAUGAAGGGGCUUAAGGUUAGAGCGUGCGACGAGAUGCAUCCUUUCUUCUGUAAAAGAAGGGCUUGUCUCAAAGGUUACAUGUCCUGCGACAUGGCUGCGAAGUGUGUUCCUGAGACGAGAAAGUGACGGGAAGUUUGACUGCUCGGACACUAGUGAUGAAGUGGACUGUCCUAAUGAUAUGAACUAUAUAGACGUUGAACGCUCGGGAAGUUUUUCUACUCACACACUGUAUCCUGGUCAGAAUAGAAUUUGGACAAUAAAAGCUCCCAUUGGACGACGAAUUAAACUUUACGUGCCGUCUAUGACUCUCGAAACGAAUGUGGCGUUUUUAGAAGAAUGGACUGGUAAUCCUACAUUUGCUGUUUCCCGGCUCAUAAAGAAGUUUACUAGCACUGUAAGUGCGGGCGUUUAUCUGUAUUCAGAUAACAACUACAUGACUGUUCGUCUGUACGCCAACAACCUUCAACAAAACUUCAACGCAAAAACAUUGAGUUAUACGGCAGAUAAUACAAACAUAUUUCGUAGCUACAAGGUCCUUGACGCUACCAGCGCGUUGAAAUCGCUGACCUUCCCUUACCAAGGAAUGGAAUAUAAACCAGAAGGUCUACACCUGCGUUGGAGAAUCACAGCUCCUGAAGGAGAUUAUAUUACAUACUAUGUUGAGCCAAUAGAUAAGACGAAACCAACUUCCGGGAAAAUACGUGGCGGGACGACAUACCUAGCACCGAGUGAUGUCCGGGUGACUGGACGUAACGAAUUGCAUAUUACAAUGGAAGGUGUUCUUGAAAAUCUCCAACUCUUGUACAAAUCAGGCUGUGGUGGCAUUACGCUGAUCCAUGAGUAUGGUACAAUACAACUGUUUGACGAAAUUAUUCCAAACAGCGCAAUGUGUACAUGGACAUUAAAAGCGGGAGAAGCAGUUGGUCGAGGACUUGCGUUAAAGUUCAUGAAUGACCUGUACGACGAUCCACGCACAACAUUUGCAACGAAGUCCAUGGACUUCUUUAUGGUAAUCAAGUAG